GUCAUGACUCUCAUCAUGAAGCCAGUCGCACUAAUAAGCGCCGGUCUAGCAUGCGCAAUGCGAUUCCAUUCGGGUUUGGUUAUCGAGAAUUGUAGUGUGACUACUGUUUCUCGGUGGUCGCCAUCCGAUUUAUGGUCUUUUAGGAAUAUUUACUCGCUCUGAUUUAUUGUUUACGUCACAGAUAUAACGACAAUGUUUCGAUACGUAGACGCAAAGGUUAUUGAAUUUUGUCAUUUUUAACUCGACCCGUCAUCGCCAUGACAGUUUCUCCAAACAUCAGAACGAGCGUCGAUUGUGAUCCUUAUUUCCAUCGAUGAUAAACCGGUAGCGAGAGGAGGAUGCUGGAUCGUUGGCUCUUUUUUAUUUGCGUUUCCUUUUGGGGAACGUUAUCAGGUUCUUUGGCAGGAAUAGAUAUAACUCUAGAUAGCAGGGACUCUGGUUUCUUUCUUCGACCAUAUUAUUCAGAGUCAAACAACAAAGAUGAUAUUAUGGAACGUUUUACAGUUUUACAUCCUAUGAUACCAGUGACAGUUAAAGCAUCUUAUGGACCUUUUUCAGUUAAACAAACUGUUGUACCAUCAUUACUCAUUCCAACAAAUUUGCCAAAAAAUGAUACCCAUGCUGCAAAUGGAAUAUCUCCAACAGAAAUAGUUCCUUCAUUUGCUUUCCCAUCGAAUAGUGAUGUAGAUAUUAGUGUGAGUUUAGUCACACAUGAAAUAAAGCAUGACAGACCAGUUUUAAGAGUUUUAUUUCACAGUAGUCAUACAUUAGAACCAAAGUCUCGUCAGCAUUCUUCAGAUAAUCAGAAAAUAUCUCUAUGUGCUAUAUUAUAUGUUCAUCGAGGAGAUGAACAUGUGAUAGCUAAAUGUGACCCCACUGAUAACAGAGACGGAGUAUGUCUUGCUGAAGCUAUUCUUCCCUCUCAUUGGUGGCCACCACUUGAAGCAGGAGUUUGGAAAUCUGUAAAACAACAGAAGACAACAGUCAGAGUAGAAUAUGCUGUAAUUCACAGCAGAAGUCAAGAUUGUAUUCUAAAGACUGCACCAUCUCUUUCUUCAAUAUCUACAACUUAUUUAGCAGAUGUUCUUUUAUCUACAGUUCAUGGAAGUUAUGAAGAAGUUAAAAGUGAUGAUAUAAUUAGGAUACUUGUUCCUCAAGGACCAGUUUACCCAAAAUCAAAAGUUUAUGUCCCUGUCUAUCUUCAACCAAAUCCAAUUUAUCCUUUAUAUGUUUUCAUUAUUAGGGCUCGUGUCAAAAGUGGUCUAAGAAUUUUAGGUGCUCAGGUGUCUCAACCUUUAAAUUGGCAAAUUUCUGUUGAUAUGAAUUCAAAACAAACUGUGGCUACAGUGACAGCAUAUGUUAAAGAUACUGAAAAUGUGGAGAAUAUUCCAUCCAAUGCUCAAGAAAUAUUCACAUGGUUGUUUGAAGUCGAAGAAGAUGCUAAUUUUCAUGAUAAUGGAAGAAUUAUUUGGUUAUUACGUUAUGUAUUAGAUUCUAGAAUGGCUGAACAAUAUGAUUUUGAUGAUGAUAACAUGAAAAUGACAUCUCGUCUUGAUAUUCAAAAAGAUGAUGUGGAAGCAGUUUUACCAAUUGCAAAAACUACACAACUUCUUAAUACAGCAGUGCUGACUGGAAGACAAGUAUCUCAACCUAUGAAAGUUUUUGUUGUAAGUCAAGCAGGAAAAGUUGGCGAUGUUACAUUACAAUCAUCAUGUCAUUCUGCUGAUGAAUCUAUUCUUAAAAAAAGAAAUGUAAUAUGCAUCAUGUGGUUUUAUAUUAUAACAAAUUUUUUUAAUUUCAGAAAAUCUACUACUUUUAUGGGUUCUGGAGGAAUAAAUUCCAGUAAUCGUGCUAAUAUUGGAAAUCGCAGUAAUAUGGGAAGUAUCAUAAAUAGAGAAGAAACUGAGGAACUUGAUGUUGUGUGCAGACUUCGUUAUCAACAAUCACAUGUUGAUGUAUAUACAAGAUUUGUCAGUGUUGAUCAUAAUUCAGGUCGAGAAGCUUAUCUUCUGAAUCGGCGUGGUGAAGUUUGCAUCACUGAUUUAGUAGCACCAUUUUUGAGAGUUGCAGAUAUGAGGAUAGCUACUUUAAAGUCUUCAAUCGUUCAAGGUCAGCAGAGUGGAAGAACAGAAGUUCAGGUCCUUUCGCCUAUUACUGGUCGUGUUAUUGGUGCAAGAGAGGUUAGAGUUGGAAGUGAUAAAGAAAGCAUCACCCAUUUACAAGUAACUGUUGUUACAGGCUUAAAUUUAUCAGUUACAAAUGAUGAAUCUUUACCUAAUGUUUUUGCUGCUGUUGCUUCCGUUAACAAUAAACUAACAUCACAAUAUCAGGAAGGAUUAUUGGAUAUAAAACUCUAUUAUUCUGAUGGAACAUUUACUUCAUUAUCAGAUAUUACAGACACAGAUUAUCAUCUUUCUGUAGAUACUUUUGAUAGUGGGGUAGUUGCCUUUGCUCCAAUGGCUGGUUUACAUCAUCCUAGAGUUAUAGCUAUUGGUGAAGGAAAAGGUGAUUUAUUGCAUGUUUCUUUAGAACUUGCUGAACGAUGUCAGAAACGUAGGAGUCAGCCAUUGGCAAUGGUAUAUGUAUUCAUUGAAGUAGAUUUUAAUUCUGCAUCUCAUACUACAUCUGUACAAAAUGAUGCUCGUUUUAAAACUACAAAAGGCUUGGUUGACAAGCAAGGUGGAAACAAGAGUGAUAGAUUACCAUCUGGGAACAUGAAAGAUGUUGAUUCAAUUCUUUAUAAGGAUUCUAUAAAUCCUAAUGGAAAAUAUGAACCAACAAUACAAGCAAGACAGGAUUUGGUUCGUGGACAACCAGUGCCAUUAACUCCAUUAGAAAUAGGAAUGUAUGCACUUCUAGGUGUCUUUUGCCUUGCUAUACUUGUUUUUCUGGUAAGUUGUUCUGUAUUUGCUGUCCGAUAUAAAAGAAAACAAGUUCCAGCUGCUGAUAGUGGAGAAUCUGUAGCUCAUGCUCAUGAUUGGGUUUGGCUUGGACGUGCAACAUUGGAAAGAAAUUCCAUUAAUACUAAGUGUUCUCAGACAUUAAUGCCUAUGGCUGAUUUUAAUGGUAAUCAUCCUGGAGAUGGUACAAGCUCAAAAGUCCAAAGAAGAGAUAAGAAAAAUACAACAGGAAGAUCUAGAGGUAGUGGAUGUCGCGCAAGUAAUAUAUCAUUUCCAGGUUCAGAAAUAAGCAUUCGAAUAACUACAAAUCCACAAGAACUUCCUGAAGAGAAGGAAAAUGAAAUGAUAGAGAAAGGUGCAGUCACAACUCUUACUAAUCAUAAUGCUUUACAUUUGCCUUCUAUUGUGGAUGUUAAUGCAAAUGCUAAUUUGGCCUGUGAAAAAAAAGUACGCAUACAAACUAAUCCAGUGCCCCCACCAGUAGCACCUGAAACCUAUACAAAACAUACGCAUAAUCGUGUUAAUUCUCCACCACCCAUUCCACCCCACCGUAAUAUCCUUCCUCCCGUCCCACCUCAUGGACGACCUCAUGGAAAUGUACCAGUAGAUCAGAAGGGGAGUAUCAGAGAAAAUAGCACUAGGUCAGGGGAGCAAGGCAGCGAUAUGGGAUGGGAAGCCGUGGCCCAAGGCAUGAACUACGACCAACUCAUCGAAUAUUUUGAUAACCUAAAGGAAUCGAACGCGUGAUGAUUACGUGCUCAAUUCCUUCUCCCCUCUAUGAUAAAGUUUCAGUGCAAUACUCAAUUCCUACAUAUGGUAUAUUUAAAAAAUAAAAUAAAAUAAACUAAAAUGAAAAAUUUCAUAAUAGAAAUGAAUACUUAUAUUGUCAAAUGUAACUCAACAUUAUAAUGACUUGCCUUCACAACUAGUCGCACAUGAUCAGAUUAUGAUCACCAUUAAGCAAGUGCUUCAUCCUUGCAGAAAGCAUGAGUAAAUUAUAUGUAUAUGAAGUAUGAUAUCUCUUCCUCAGUUAUAUGUUAUUUCUAUAACAGAUAAUGUUUAAUCUGUUAUGGAUUGAUACAUUACUCAGAGUUCCUAUGUGAAUCUGUGUAAUUAUUAGUAAAGCCCAUUGAAAAAAUUUUUUGCUGUAUAAUCUGUCUGCCUAUUAUCAUAAAUAUUCUUGUGGUUAUUUGAUAAAAUUCAAAUUAUAAUUUCAUAAAGCUUAUAAUGAAAACAUUUUGUCAUUAAUUCUGUAGCUAAAUUUUAAUUUUUCAACUGUAACGAAUGUUAAUAUUGAUGAAAAGUGAAGUGGAAUAUUUAAAAUUCCUUUCAAUUAGAAUACUAUUUAUGUAUUGUAAUUGUGUCUAUAAAAUAACUUACAAUUUUCUACUUUAUUUUUUAUAUUCUCUUGAAUUCUUCUCCUGUUCAGUAACACAAUUAGAACUUGUUAAUGUUGAAUAUGACAAAGAAGUAUAUUUCCAAAAAUUUGUUUACUAGUUAUCAUAUGAAUUAAAAGUAUAAGAAAAUAGCAAUUUUGCUUGGGUAUUAGAAAAAAAUUACAUGUAUAUAUAACUUUCUAUAACAUAAUAUCCAUAUUUGUAAGCUUAGAUCAAUGUGUAUUGUUUAGUCUCAUCAAAAAUUGUCUAUGUUAAUAGACAAGAAUAUGUGUAGUAUGUGUAUUGACAUCGUGUUAGCUUAGAAACAAAAAAUUGCGCAUAUUGUCACAAAUAUAAAAAUAGAUAUAGCUGACACAUGUAUAUGAAAUAAGUUUUUCUACUGCAUUCUAUUUAUUGAAUUCAUUGUCAUUUUUUUAGUCUUAUAGUUUUAAUUUUUAAGAAUAUUUUGUCUAAUUAUUU